GACCGUUAUAAAGCAGGAGGGGCACACUAAAAAAGACCUACAUAUCAGUGAUUUUAUGCAGAAGAGAACCACGCACAUAGAAGUCAGGCAUACAAAGAAGAAAAGGAGAUAGUGUAAGAAGAGAUACCAGCCAUGAAAACCAUUCUAAUUGCUGCUUUUGCUGUGCUUAUGAAUUGCCAAAUUGGUUCUGCCCUUGAAUGCUACUCCUGUGACUAUGGGACCUGUCUGUUCCCCACAACAACUACCUGUGGUCUAUUGGAAGUUUGUGCAACACAGACAUCUGGCUCAGAUUUCCUUAACUUAAAGAAGAGAGGCUGCAUUAACCCACUUAAUUGUAUGAAGGAGUACACUGAAAGCUAUGGUGGUGUAUCUGUGAAGACUACUGCUUCCUGCUGUAUCACCAACCUCUGCAACUCUGCAGUGUCUCCCAGGAUGACUCUGUAUACUUUGAUAUUGCCCUUGGUUGCCUUAUGGCUAGCUAAGAUGGCAUGAAUGUGAAGAGAAUUGUCAACAAAAUGUGGGCAUGAUUGUUGGCACUCAUGGGAUGUCUCACUUGUCUGCAGCCUGAUCUUUCCUUAAAGGGACAUUAAACACUAAGAUGGUAAAAUAAAAUGAUAAAUCAUAUCUUUUUUUAAACAAAUUAUCUAUUUUGUCCCCUUUUCAUGUAAUUCCAUUCUCAAAUUGCGAGCUUUUCAGUUCCUCUUAGAAAUGGAAAUGCAGAACACUGUUAUAUUCCACACAGCCAUUGGCUGCACACUCUAGUGACCUAUUUAUAACUGUCCCUAAUUGGCCACAGCAGAGAAGGUGACCUAAGUUACAACAUGGCAGCUCCCAUUGUUUUAUAGAAACUAAAAGAAAACCAAAAAAUACAUCUACACGUUAUUCUCAGACUAAUCUUUUCUGUGAGUGUAUCAUUCUAUUUAGCCUUUAGUUAGUGUUUAAUGUCCCUUUAACCUCUUGCUGUGUUAAAGCUUUUCCCACGCUACGUAGACAAGCCAAAA